CCUGUCUCUAACAGGAAGUGUGUAGUCACUAGCUAGCCUUUGGAGCUACUGUAAGUUAAUACAACAUCUUCACAUAAUGCUCAACGACAGUGAGCUGGCAACGUUGCGAAAUAGAUUUAAGAGAGAUGCGGAGUUUCUUAUGCAAACAACGACAUCGGGUGACGAAGAUGAAAAGAGUCAGGAGGAAAAAGAUGCUAAACCUCUCCCUCGCAUUAACAGACACUCCAUUUUCUGGAUCGUGGCGUCUAUAGGUGUGACCUACUAUGUGGAUUUCCUCCGCAACAUCAUGGAGAACGAAGAUAUCAAAAGUUGGUGGUUCAAUGUGGGUCUGGUACUCCUCGUGAUCUGCCUGUCUCUGGCCAUGUUUUGCAUUGUGUACCUGGAGUGGUUCAAAGGCAUCCAGCAUUAUGACCUAGAGUACCCUGCCAUUCCUCCCAUCACCACUGCAGCCUUUAUUGCAGCAUCCUGCAGCUUUAACAUGGCACUGUGGCCGGUGUGGUCCUUCUUCACACCGCUCAUCCUCUUCACGCAGUUCAUGGGUGUGGUCAUGUUCAUCUCUUUGCUUGGAUGAAUGUGAGGGGUGAGGUUGGAACGCUGUUAUUUGAAUUUUCACAAAAUGACUUUCAUUGAAUGAAUAACACUGCAUUUGGCCUUAAAUUGUUUUUUUUUUUUUAAAUUAAAUCUUGUGUCAUUAAACAUUGUUUAAUACCAGUGCUGCAUACUUGGAGAAUUUGAACUGUACAUCAUCUUUUUAACCACAGUGUUGCAUUUCGUUUUUACAGUAUUCCUCCAUUGCUUACACAUAUUACAUUAAACAAUGCUCAAGUUGACAUCUGCAUUAACAUUCUUUACUACACUGGUAUCACUACAGAAAACACACCUUCCAAAAGCACUUCAACACCAAAGCUAAACACACACUACAUCAGUCCGCACACACAUACACGCACAUCUGCCUUCGUUCGAAGUCAGAAAAAUUAGUGUUUUUAUUAUAAAUGGUUAUUAUUUUUAUUAUUAGGAUUUAGAAAGAAAAUUCUCGAAAUGUAGAAAAAAGAAAUAGAACUGGAAUCAUAACAUUAGAUCCUGACCGAUAUUUCAAUGUGACGAUAUUGGCCUAUUGCAGACAUAUGUAUGCGUAAAAAAAAAAUGUCCAAAAGUGUAAUCCAGCAGAGUGCACUGCCAUUUACAAUAGUGUAACAAACAGCACACGGUAAGAGAGAAACAGCUCUCAGCAGUGUCAACUAGAAUUGGUCAAACAUUAACCAUAUCAGCUGCCAUAUUGGUAAUUUUUCCCCUCUAAAAUCAGUGUCGGUACCUCUCUCAAAAAUCCCAUAUUGGGAUAUCUGCCUCAAGUUGGAGUAUUCUCUGGGUCUAAGAGAGAAUAUACACUUACCAUACAUAAAAUAUAUAGAUGUCUUAUGUGCAAUAUAAUAUAUAACAAUGGCACAUAACACAAGAUAACUGUUUAUACUUAUUUGGACAUAUUGUUUUCCCACACAGUUUCAAACAAUUUUAGGUCAUUAUGGUGAAAGUGUGCUUCAUUAAGGAAAUAAGUAUAUCUGCUGAGAGUUGUCUGGACACGCCGACCAGCUUCCAUUCCCAUGGUUCACCACAUGGCCAACAAUAGUGGCUUGAAUUUCAUUUUAAACGUAUUUGCCUCGUUGCUCGUACGUCCUCUCCCCCUCUCUGCCUCUCACACGUUCCUGAGAUUGCCUGUUGUAGAACUACAGCUGCAGCAGAAAAAGAUCUUGUUGUGAGAAUAUCAGACCCUUAUGUUGAAUUCAACACUGCUGUUGUCAUUUGGUGUUGAUGGUCUUUGGGGCAGGUCGGCAUUGUAGGAUCACUUGUAGGUGUUGGUGUGCUGAGAGUUGAACCUUUUCAGUUAAUGAUUAGUCAUUGUUGUGUUUUCCUAAAGAAACAAUGACAACUGUGUCAAGAAAUGUGAUGCAUUGUGUUAUGUGUUUGGCAAACGGCACUUAGGAGUUUUGAAGUCAGUGUCAUGAAUGUUUGAGAAUAGCCCUUUUUUACAGUGGACAUUUUGAGUUGUUUUAGUAGGAAAGGCUGUUCCUUAAUAACCUUUGUUAUUAAUAACAUUAAAAUGAAUCUGCUUUAUUUAACAGUAAGCCAGCAUGCACCACACCAGGACUGCGAAGCUGAAGCAGCUAAAUGGAAUUCAGCCAUGUUUUACAUUUACACCUGUGCUUUUCCUACUGUGACAUGAACAAAUGUCUUCUGUAUAAAAGGUCUGCUGUUCUUAUAUGUAGAAAAAUGUGUGUGAGCAAACUUCCACCAUUUUUAAACCAAUAUUUUUAAAUUAUUUUUUAUUUUUCUUGGAACAGUUUGUGGUGAAGAAUGUAAAGACUUCUCAUAUUCUGUAUGUUUUCUUUAAUAAACUUUUAUAACUCA